GGCAGUUAGUUGCAGCAGUUUGUAACAUCCCGCGGUCCAGUCGCUCUGCCUCUAUGCUCCGUCAUUGCAAGCAAGACAGUUCGGCACCUUUCCCUUUCAAAUUCCCUGUCAGCAGCGGGCGCCUCCUCUUCAGCCUCCUCCUCCUAUCCCUCCUGCUGCUGCUGCAUUCCUCCCGCAUCGACUCAAGCCAGAGGCACAAGGACGGCCACAAUGACCACAGGAAACUCACCUCGCCAGCGAUGGCACUGCAGCAGGCGGCAGAACGGGAGAAUGAUACCGCAUCUGAGCUGGAAUCCGACAUUGCUGCAUCGGACUCGCCGCCAGAGGAGUUGCGGCAGCCCAAGUUUGACUUUGCCUCGAGUGAGCUGAAGCUGAACCUCCUGAAUCUGCUGGGGCCGCUCAAGACGGAGCUGGAGGCGAGGGAAGCCGACAACAAUACCAAGUCCAAGUGCCAAGGUCCUCGAGGGGGGCUAUGCGAGGCGGCACAGUGGCAUUUGCAAUGCGUUCGUGUUGUUAUCGUGUUGUUUGCAGUGGUCGGUGGCGUGCGUGAGUCGUCCAAGUGGAUGAUGGAUGAGUGUCCCCGCAUGAAGGGCGGCGGCCUGCAGCUCGACGGAGACACACUCGUCUUUGUCCCUGUGCUCGUCUCAGACGGAUGGUGAGAACAUGACAGCCGCAUUGGUUAAACAAACUUUGUCCGCCAGCGCGUAUUCCUUCUGUCUGUCUGUCUGUCUGUCUGUCUGUCUAUCCCUUCCUGCAGGGGCAAUCUGCUGGGCCCGUAUUGGCAGGCGAGGGCAAUGGCACAUCUUAUGGGCGUCAACUUCAAGAUGGUCUACGGCGCCUGGGACAGCGGCUGGAACGCUCUCGUGUCGGUCCUCUCCUGGCUCAUGCAGCAACCGUCCUACUUCCACAACUGGCAGAGAGGCCCACUCACUGCCGACGACACAUGGCUCAACGACCUGCCUAGGGAAGUACACUUCCACACAUGUACCCGCAAUGUCACUCAGUUCCUGGUGGCGUGCAAGGGCUGCAGCAACUGGAAGCACUCCCACGGCUGCCGUGGAGGCUGGCAGUGGAUAUGACCCAUCAUCCGGCAGGAGUCGCUGCAGACCUUUAGUGCAUGGCGGGAGAAGCGGGGCCUCAGGUCGCCGACGGCCGGCUGGGGCGAGCAGGAUGUGGCUGUCCACUUUCGGUGCUCCAAGGACACCCUGCUGGACAACCCCUACUACGGCCCCAUAGCUUUUUCCUUCUACGACGCCAUCCCGCCAUCCACCGCCCCGCGGACAAUUAACAUUGUAGCCAACAUCAAGCCUUCAGCAAAUCUGACGGCCGUCAUGAAGGACCGCAUGCAGCACAUGGCCCCCGAUGCCAGCGAUGCCGAGCAAACUGUUGCCGUCAUCACCAAGGCGGAAGCGGCGUCGGCUGCUCAGCGCCCGAUGGACAGGUUCGACAGAGAGCUCGACUCCGACUGCCACACCAUCCUGAGAGAGCUGAAGGCGCAUUUGGAGAACCGCCUCUCUGCCGAGGGCUCACAGGUGGAGAUAGUGGGUGGCGAGGUGUGGGAGGACUUCAUGCGGCUGGUCGAGGCGCCCAUCCUGCUAAUGGGCGUCAGCUCCUUCGCCAUGAUGGCUGCCGUCCUCAACAGGGGGGUCGUGCUCAUGCCUGGGGGCACCGUGGACGGGCCGGAGGUUAUGGCUGAGGCGUAUGAUGGAUCGCGGAUGACGUGGUAUGUCUCCAAGGCGCCCGUCAUGACGCCCAGCGUUGCCAAGGCGGCGAACCUGACACUGGAUGACAUGCCGGCGAUUCUCAAGUGGCUAAGGGAACACUGAAUACGUGCGUGCAUGUGUCUGUCUGUAUGCGAUGCGUGUGGG